AUGGGCCGUGUCAAGCAAACAGCCCAACGCCACGAAUUGGCUGUGGCAAACGGCACACAAGAGUCGGCUAUGACCGGCAAUGCUGUCAACCAUGAGAAAGACGCUGUAGACAUGGAGAUGGCCGAUCAGUUUGAAGAUGAUUUAGAUCUUGGAAACGCUCUUUCAUACUCGAACCCCGAAGUCGAUAUGCACGAUGCAGAGUCCGACUUAGAGGACCACCACAUCGAGGACCAUAGCAUGGAGGACAACAACAUCGAUGGAGAUGACGAAUCUUCUGAUGCCGAGAGUUUUGAGUAUAACGACGACGACAUAGAUGAGGAUUUCGAGCUCGACGCUGCCGGCGACAGCGACUACGAAGAAGGGCCCGCAAGCAAGCGCCGCACUGCGAAGCCGGCCCUGCCAAAGAAGAGUCUGAUCAAUUCGAAGUCUUCUCAACUUGCCACAUCAAAGUCUAAGCCUCGUCGUAAGGCUCAAUCGACCCCCCGAAAGACCAACCAGACUUCGGAGCAACUUCCACGUGCGUUGAAGAAGGCUCACCGCGACAUCGAGCGCAAGCAGUCCCUCGGUCAGCCACGUGCUAAGGGCGAUCGUGCACUCCGGUGCUUGCCCUACGUUACCAAGAAUCGUGCUGCUAAGCGUGAGUUGAUUAGGUGGAGCGAUGAGACCUACGCCCAUACCCUCCUUGCCAUGAGUUGGGCGCUCGAAGUCAAGGGAAUCGAUAUUCCCUGGGAGGAAGUCGCCGCAAUUGUGCAUCCAGGUGCCACUGGCGAGGCUUUUAAGCAGGCCAUGUCGAAGCUGCGUGCCAAGAGGCUUAAGGAGGGCCUGCCUGUACCCCCGGUGCGUCCUGGCAAGGAGAAAUCCCGGAAGGACUGCGAAGCUGAAUUGAAGCGCAUCCUGGACGGAGCUCGAGAAGUGCGAGAGGCAAAGAACGCAGGAAAGCCUGCCGAUUCCGGUCCGAAGAACGCUUCGGACGAUUACGACGGCGGUGAUGAGGAGACACCACCUACUUCUCGUGUACGUGGUCGCAUGUCCGUUGGCUCGAUUGCCACCCGGGGACAGCAUGGUUUACCGGCUCUCGAGGACUCGUCUUCCGGACCAGACCUGCUGACCCCCAAGUGUGACACGCCCGCUUCGGACGAAGACACCAUCAAUCCCGAAAUUCGAACUGCAGAAUGGAUCAAAGAUGUUACUGCUGAUUCUUUGUCCUCCGUUACUUUUCAGUUCGUCACUGGUCAAAACAAGGACAUCCACCAACGCCUUUCCCCUGCUGUUCAACGCCUACAGGGAGGCACCGACGGCCUCCGCACCAACUUGGAUGUAGCUGAGACGAGCCCGGUCCCCGCCACAAAGACAGAUACUCCGGCUACCCGCUCGACACCGGCCCGCAACCGCUCUUCUCUCGCCUACCACGGACAGUCAGGUUCCCUGGCAGCGCAAAGCCAGCAGCAGCAGGCCCCGCACACGCCGCCCUCCCAACAGGCGCCGGUCUCUCAACCUCUGUCGUAUACGGAGCCGGUCACUCCACCCUCUAUUCUGCGAACUCCGAAGGAGUGUCCUCCUGCUCCACGUAGUCGCAGCAACAGUGACCUCCGCACUCGUAGCCACAGGCAUACCAGGAAGAGAUCAGGAGAUGAUGUAGGCCUUCCUCCUUCUACGCCCACUCCGAAGCGUCGUCAGGCCCAUGGCGUGCGCAAGUCAAUUUCUCGUAGGCCGUCGCUCAGCCAGAUCCCGGAGAGUGAUCCGACCACCACAUUCUCGACCCCGCUGGUUGAGAACAUGUCCAACCACUUUUACCAGGGAUCACACGCAUCUCUUGGUCAGUCUCCCUUUGGAGGAAUGGCGGGAGGUGGAAUGAUGUCGACGCCAUAUGGCUACGGACCUAUGCAGAUGAACAACACGCCCAUGCCAUUCAUCCCUCCAGCGGUGAUGCAAAACAUGAUGAACCCAUACGCCAUGCAGCAUGGCCUUGUUUCCAGCGACUCUUUCCAGAUGCAGAUGACUGAGCAGCAAAUGGCUCAAGCGCAGAUGGCCCAAAUGCAGAUGGCACAGAUGGCCCGAGAACAAAUGGCUCAGCAGGCUCAGCAACAGAUGCCACCUCCUUGGCAAACCGGCCUGAACCAGCAGACGCAGCCUGGCACCCAGAGCGCCAAGAUCAAGCGCCAGAUGUCCGCGUCACCCCACACGAGCUCCGGAAUCUCCAUGCGUAACUUGAGCCUUCGAGACACUGGCUCGCAGACUUCUACUCACAACCUUACCCCUGACCGCUCUGUUGACUACGCUGUCAGUUCGUCCGGCAUGCAUGAGUCGCUGUGGAACCUUACUGCUGGUGGUGACUACAUCAGCCCUGGCGGUGAUCGUAGGCCGUUCCAGAACUUGGAUCGCCUGAGCGAAGAGCCUGAUGCCGAAAAUGAUGAGCAGAGGGUGCAGUUUGGUUCGCAGAAUACUGCCACGGAUUCCUUUGGUCGCUCCACCCAAGACUCUUUUGGCAGCAAUGUCCAGGGAUCUCACAUCACGCCUGCACAGCCGCGCCCGGUUGGUGACAACGAUAUCCAGGAGGACACCGAGUGUUGA